GGUCAGUUGUAUGAAAUGGCUGCCAAAGCUAGUCAUAGUAAGAUUUUCGUGAUAGUAACAAUGAAUCUCACCGCUAUAUCAUGUGGGUUCACUUAUGGACACAUGAGCGGGUUGGUGCGAGCAUUGCAGCAGCACGAUGAGGGCAUAGUGCUCAACGAAAAUGAGAUAUUUUUGAUAGCAUCCUUUGCACCACUCUCUGGCGCACUCAGCCUCCUGUGCGUUGUCAUAAGUGAUGUCAUCGGAAGAAGAUGGACUUUCAUACUCUUUUCUACACCAUUAGUAUUAAAUUGGAUUAUUCUAUACUAUGCCAGAACUUAUUCCACGUUCAUGUUAUCAAGAUUUCUAGUCGGAAUGUCUACGCCACUUUUUAGCGUAUUUAAUUUAAUUGGAACAGCGGAGUUCACCUCCCCCAAAUCACGAGCGAUUCUGCUGAGUGUGGUAUCCAUGGUUUCACCAACGUUUGGAAUCGUAAUAGGCCACUUACUAGGUGCUAUCAUAAAUUGGAGAACAUUAACUCUAGUUGGGUUAUCUCUAUCAAUUAUACAUCUCUGUCUUCCUUACUUUUGGAUAGAAAGCCCUCAAUGGUUGGCCUCUAAAGGUAAAUUUGAAGAUUGUGCAACGGCAUUUCGAAAAAUACACGGUAGUAAUCCAAGUUCUGAAGAGGAAUUGAGGUUACUAAUUAAAAUGGAGACAAAUAAACAGAAAGCAGAUGUCGAUAUGAAUUUGAAUACUAGUUUUAAGAAAUUCUUAUCAGCUUUUAAGAAAAGAUAUUUUUGGGAUUUAAUAGUUAUGGUUACUUUUCUGUAUGCUUAUCUUGGGGCGGCGGGGAGGGUUGCUUUCGGUACAUUAGCAACCGUUAUAUUGGAAGAUAUAACUGGGUCUCCCGACAUUGUACUAUACACAUUAGUGGUUGACGGAUUUAUAUUCAUAGGCACUUGUCUUUCUUGUGUACUAAUUAAGAAGACUUCAAUUCGUGUUUUGCUAUUCUCGUCAGGUUUAAUAGCGAACGUUGUUUUAAUUGUACUAAGUUUGUGUUUUUACUUUAAAAAUUCUGAAGUUUACUUCCAAUGGAUUAAUGUGGUUUUACUGGCUUUUUACUUUAUAAUUGUAAACGCAGGACCGCAACCUGUAAUAGAAAUAUUGUUUGGUGAAAUAUUUCCAAUAGAAUUAAGGAUGUAUUUCUGUAUAUUGACUUCCCCUUUACUCAUUGGAACUUUAUGUUUUAGUAUAGUAUUUUUACCCAAAUUUAUUUCUGUUAUGGGGUACCACGGCCUGUUUCUUAUGAAUACGGGGAUCAUGUUUGUAUGUCUUGGUUAUUUCUAUGUUAAAUUACCAGAAACCAAGGGGAAGACAUUACAAGAGAUAGAAUCGUACUUUAAGACUAAGAAUUUCGAUGUGGACGAGGUUUUGAGGACAAAUGAACAAAUAAAGGCGUUUAUCUAAACGUUUGUUUUAAUUUG